AUGGCUAUGAACGGAGACUGUCCAGCUCCUUUCCUACAGGAGUCCCUCUUCCCUAACACCGGCGGGUUCGUCGAUGGUCGUUACUGUGAGAAUCUCUCUUAUGGCAACAGUAGUUUCUCAUGUUGUCUGCCAUGUCCGCUGGCUGAAUGGAGAUAUGACACUGAUUUGGAUAAGAAGAUCAGUGUCGCGAGCUGGAUCAGUGUCGCCAUUCUCCCGCUCUGUAUAUUCUUGCUGAUUUCCUACGCUGCGUUACCGGUCAAGUGGACUCAUCGCCACUAUUUGAGUAUCUGCUUUACACUGGGCAUCUGUUGCAUGGAGAUUGCCUUCAUCAUUCCCCUCGGUGCUAAGCCAGAACAAUGCUACAAUGCCAUCACCCCCAAUGACAUGCACUCCAAUCUCUCCUGCGCCUUCUCCGGCUCGUUCUUACUAUUCGGCGGAUGGAUGGUCGUGAUAUGGAGUUUCAUUCGCACGAUCGCCUUCCACCUGCAAGUCUGCUGGGAAGUCGUACUCGGUCCCAAGUUCAUGUGGGGAGCCUUCGUCUGCGGCUUCGGUAUCCCAGCAGUUGGCCUAACAGUGAUGCUCAUCCUAACGGGUGUAUCCUUCCGGUUCGGCGGGAUCUGCCAUAUCAACGUCACCCACGCUCUCCAAGACUACUGGAUCCCAAUCAUGGUCUUCGCCGCCGCAGCGCUCUUUUUCCAACUAUCAACAAUGGCCUACUGCACCCACAUCUACCUCCGCUCUCUCUUCGACAGAUCAACCUCGACCACAAACAGCUCCGGCCUGCCCUCCUACAAUUCCAGCGUGCGCACAGUCACAGCCCGCCAGGCCUAUCGCCGAAUCCGCCGCAUCCUCCAACUCCAAUGGCGCGGCAUCGCCCUUGUCGUCAUAAUCAUCGCCAACGUCAUCUACUUCGCAGUAGUAUUCAUCGAACUGGACAACGCCACAGCCCCAACCGCCCAAAACGUCGAAAACGCCACUCCCUGGCUCCUCUGCCUAGUGAAAACAAAAGGCGACAGAGUCGGCUGCCGCCCCGAAGCAGCAGCAAUAGGACCCAACGAAGCAACCCUGUUAGCAGUGGUCAUCCUCCUCUCACUAGUGGGCUUCUGGAACUUCAUUCUCUUCGCCAGACCAUCAAUGUUCGCCGGCUGGCUAGACCUCUUCAAGCGCGCCUCACGCCGCAACGAAUUCGUCUCGGCAGACGCACACACCCGCUUCGCCGAUAACAAGGGGUUCGAAAUGCUUACUGCAUCAGUUAAGAGCCCCGAUACGUUUAUGCGUUCGCCCAGCCCCGUCGAGCACAACCAUAUCCAAGAACAAGAGCUUUCCCGGAGUCCGAUCGCAAGUCCUAGUCCGACCUUCGAUCGGAGAGCCCACUUCGGCCAGGAGGCUCGCUAUAUUCGUCCAUCCAUGAGCUUUUCUGGGCCCAGACCUCCUGAAAGUCCGACUCCUGGCCGUGAGUGGGAUCCUCAGGCGACUUUUGCGCCGGGCCAUGCACGAGAUUAA